GUCAGUUUCAGUCAGGGGGAGGGCAUCUCCACCGCGCCAAGGCACAGCAACAAACAGCCCCGGAGAGGUGGACGGCUUGGCAAAAACAGGGAGCAGAGCCAGCCGGUUUGAACUCCUCUGCCUCAGGAAAUUAUUAACUUUCUGGAAUUUGAGGUAGGGCUGCACGUCUUUCUCUAACUUUGCCAGAAAUGCCAACAGAGGACCUCUGGGGAAUGCAGUUUGACAUGCAGCUGUUGGGGAAGCUCUCCCUGUCUGUGGUGGCUGUGCUCCUGGCGUCCUGGGCUUACAGAUUCUAUAGUUCCAGAGGUCGGAAGCCCCUUUCUCAGGAUGGAGAAACUCAAGUGAAUGGGCAGGGCAAGGAGGAAGUCACCGAUUGCUGCGUUGGUUGCAAUGCCAAUUUAAGACAGAGGAAACGGAACCAAAAGGAAGAAGCAGAAGAGGUAAGCAAAGAGAGAGCAGAAACAGACUUUGUACACCACACGAAGGCGAUGGAAGCCGUCAAUCACAAGGUCCUUCAGCCAAUCAGUAAGAGUCACAGGGAUGUGGAAUUCACUGUCCCAAAGAAGGGACCUGGGGAAGAAGAGCUGGGCAGCAAGGGUGACAACAAUGACAACUGUCAGGUGGACCCAAGGGACCUGCCUUCCAAAGAGAGCUUUAUUUCCAGUUCGGAUGGCCAAGGUGUGGAAGAGCAGGUGGAAGUCGGUGAGCCGCUUGCCUCAAAGUGCAAUAAAGAUGCCUUGCAGUCAACACGCAUUUUGGAGGUCAGCAGUGACCAGGAGAGGAGUCGUUCACCGGCCUUGCUUACGACUGUGAACUCUGGCCUUGGAGUGGAGCGGGAGCUGCGUGAGAACCUUGAACACCCGGGCUCUUGCUUUCACUUCCAGUCCAAAGCAGAGAUCAAAGUGGAAGACAGCAGCUUAGUCGUGGAGAUGCCAGGUGUUGGACGCAGGCAAAUGCACGGCAAAAUUUAUGAGUACUUCAUAGAGUCUGCUUCUCAUUCCGUUUCGGACGACAACACCUACCAGCCUAGCUAUUCGGCCCCAGAGCUUGCACAGUAUGACGACCAGAUGAUUCAUGAUGCCUGUUUGGAAGAGCUGGAGGCCAAGCUGAAAGUGGAAAGAGGUAGCUGUUGGAAGGGCAGCAAUGACCCACCAUCAACGGCAAAUUCAAUCGCUUCUCCCUCCAUCCAUUUAGACUCCGUUUUCUUGGACGAUUUCGAGAAUGGCUACAAAGAGGAAGCCUCCGGGACUCUGGUCGACAGGAGCAGACAUGGGUCGGGGCGAAGUCGAAAAGAAAGCCUUUCCCAUAUUGUGGAGAAUUCUGAACUGCAGAUCUCUUUGCGUGAUCUCAGAUCUUCUUCCACUCCAGCAUCCAGUCGGCUUAGCUCCAGAACACCCUCAUCAGAGAAGCUGUGCUUCAGUCCCACAGGCUCAGCAAGAGAUCCCAGGGACAAUGACACAAAUUUAGACAUGUUUGCCGGAAACAGUCAAACUGAAAACGUGGACAGCGCUGAACUGGACAUCUUGAAGUGCCAGUUGGAUUUAGGGAACUGCUUAAAGGCACUCGCCAUGGCCCAGAAGCACCACCUGCCUGAAUUACAGGAGGCAGCAUACAAGGUUAUGUCGGACAACUAUUUACAGGUCCUGAAGGACCCGACCAUCUAUGGGAGGCUAAGAGCAAACGAAAGGGAGCAGAUCCAAACCCGAAGGCUGAGAGGCAAGAAACACCUGGUGGUAGUCGACAUGGAUCCUCAAGACUACCUGGAUCCCAGAUUCCAAAACCCACAGGAUUCCAGUCUCCGCACAUCAAGCAGACUCUACUACUAUGACAACCAGAACGAUUCCUGGCACCCUUUAUCCAGCGUGCCCCGGGAGGUCAUCUCCAAGGGCUGCUCCAUGUGCACCAUGGACAACUACCUCUUCAUCACGGCUGGAUGCCAUGGCACGAAUGGAAAGAUGAAACCAUCCUGCAAGGUCUUCUGCUUCAAUCCUAUCACGGGAAUUUGGAAGGAAAUCUGUCCUAUGAAUCAAGCUCGGCCGCAGUGCAAGCUAGUGGCGUUACAUGGCUAUUUGUAUGCCAUUGGGGGAGAGUGUCUAUACACAGUUGAGCGUUAUGACCCCAGGGUGGACAGGUGGAACUUUGUGGCCCCUCUGCCAAACGAUACCUUUGCCGUUGCCCACCGUGCCACCGCAUGCAAUGGUGAAAUUUACGUUUCCGGAGGCACACUGAGGUACACCCUGCUGCGCUAUAACCCGAAGACUAACACCUGGAAGGAAAGCCUGAUUAUGGGGAACAAGGAGAGAACCGCCGACAUGGUGGCCAUCAAGAGUUUCAUUUACCGCUUUGAUGUCAAUCCAGCCCUGGGCAUCAGUGUGUAUCGCUAUCACGCCAUGGCCAAGCUUUGGUACGAGUGCUGCAUCAAGCGAAUUCCCUACUCAGCUACUUUCCAGUGUGCCGUCAUCGACAAUCUGGUGUACUGCAUUAACCGGCAAUUUACUAUGAGAUUCCUAGCAGAUGAAGUUUCUCCCGCUUUUGUAGAGGAAAAACUGACAGCACUGCCCGCAGCCAAGGGGAUCCUGUUCCCGUUAACCCUUUCACUUCCCGAAAUGGUAGCCGUUCAGACCAGCGUGUAGUAGCACAUGACUGUUUACAAAGGAGCUAUGGAACCUUUGGAAUACUUUUGCUGCAGGAUGGCGAUUUAUCUGGGUGGAAAAUUUUUAGACGAGGACACAACUCCGAUGAAUUAAACAUCAGGAUCUAAAAGGGAAAAAAAA